AUGUAUACCUACAAUCAUAGUCUCGCGAAUAUCAACAGUCUGCUUUCAGAAGCAAGUCGACACAACAUCGAGCAUACACUCGACCCUACCAUUCGGGAUAGUAAAGCCAAUACCAACUGGUCGCCCGCGCCCCCGGACCACACGCCUUCAGUCGUCUUUUUCCCUCAUACUACGCAUGAAACGUCAAUCAUCCUAAAAGCAUGCAAUGAUAGAUGCAUAGCCGUGACACCCUUUUCCGGCGGUACGAGCUUCGGCGGCGCGCUUGCUGCUACCAAGGGAGGAGUGUGUAUAAGCUUCGAGCGCAUGAAGAGCAUCAUCGCAGUUCAUGAAGAUGAUUUAGAUGUUGUUGUACAGCCUGGCUUAGGAUGGGUGGAAUUGAACGAGGAUUUGAAAGAACGGGGAUUAUUCUUUCCUGUAGAUCCUGCGCCAGGAGCCAAAAUAGGAGGCAUGAUAGCAAUGUCCUGUUCUGGAACGAACGCCUACCACUACGGCACUAUGAAAGAGAAUGUCAUAUCUCUCACUUGCGUACUUCCCUCCGGCAACGUCGUAAAAACGCAUAACCGACCUCGGAAGUCGUCCGCUGGAUAUGAUCUCACGCAUCUUCUUAUCGGAUCAGAAGGAACGCUUGCGCUGGUGACGGAAGUUGUGCUGCGUCUCUCGCCCCUGCCGCGGAACCUUCACGUCGGACUAGCAAACUUCAGUACAUUCCAAGAAGGCGUUCAGGUCGUUGUCUCCCUGCAGAAAUUGGGUCAUCGACUCGAAGCGCUGGAGUUGGCCGACGGACCAACGAUGCAAAGUGUCAAUGUCUCAGGGCUGGCACCACAACGGACAUUCAGAGAGGUGCCAACACUAUUCUUCAAGGUUGCAGGUCCAUCAAUGCACAUCGUACAAGAGCAAAUUUCAACGAUGAAAGAGCUGUGUAAAACCCAAGGCGCGUCUAGUGUCGAGAUCACGCAACAAGAAGACGAGAUGAAUAUCAUUUGGGGAGCGCGCAAAUGCAUGGGCACAGCUCUUCUCGCCAUGAAGAAGAACUCGAAAGAUAUCUUCUUGCAUAGUGACUGCGCAGUGCCAAUUUCCAAUCUUGCAAACCUCGUCGCUGGAACACAGGAUCUUAUCGCCCAGGCUUCAGCUGCCCAUCAAGCAUCUUGGUUCUGUGCCAACGUGGGCCACAUCGGUGAUGGCAAUGUUCACUCUAGCAUUGUGUGUCCACAGGAGCACUACGAGGUUGCGAUGAGUGUGAUCAUGAAGAUAACCAGGCUAGCGCUAAGCCUAGAAGGAACAGUCACGGGAGAGCAUGGCAUUGGGCUUAAGUUGAGGGAAGCGUUAGCGGAAGAGGUAGGGGAUGAUGGUGUGACUAUGAUGAGAAGUAUCAAGAGUGCGUUAGAUCCGAAGGGGGUCUUGAAUCCUGAUAAGGUGUUUAAAAUAGAGAAGGAAGGGAGCGCGCCGAAGCUUUGA